UGGCGGCCACCGACCCUUAUUUACUGAAGUCAAAAUGGCUGCCCUUCGGCUUUUCACACGCUCCAGACCUUUAAUGAUUAUUAUACAAGAUUCUGGUCAAUUUAAAUCGUUAAAUAAUACUUUACCGAAUAUCUUUCAGGUGCAUAAAAGAUGGGGAAGCUAUAGAACAGCUCCUAAAUGUCAAGAUCCUGCGCAAUAUACAGAUUAUGAGGUAACAAAGGAUCCAGAGGAAUGGAAAUAUGUAGAAUCUCUGCUUAAACAUAAAACCAUACCUGUCCCUUCUUUUGAAAAGAAAGAGUAUCCAUCGGGAUGGAAACCACCUGUUUCAAACCCAGGGGAUUACCCUUACUAUAUACCCAGGACAAAAAAUUAUAUGCAACCUAUUUAUCUUGAGAUUACGUUCCGAGGAACACGACGGGUAACUGUACUUCGCAAAAUUCAGGGAGAUAUUUGGAAACUGAAAUCUGAAUUAACAAAAUAUUUACACGUAAAUACGAAUAAACCAAUUGGUGUACGAGUAAAUGAACUUAUAGGGGAAAUUCGAUUCAGAGGAGAUUAUGUGACUCUCGUUAAAAACUGGUUAGAUGAAAAGGGAUUUUAAAUUCUUUAACAUUCAUCCUUACAAGCAUUUGUUACAAAUAUAUAACGCACGUCCUGUUAUCACGAUAGUUUUAUUACAAGGUAAAAAUAAAUAAUGGAAACAUUAAUUUAUAUUUUUAAGUAUUUGGCAUUUAAUAUUUAUUUUCCAAAUAUUGUUAAAUAGUAACGCGAAACUUUAAAAAUGUGAAUUUUAUUUUAAUAGUAAAAAAUCAACACCUUUUUUGUAAAAAUAUGCAUUAUAUUUAAAAUUAAAUUUCUCACAAACUAGUAUAGAGAAUGAAUCGUGGGUGUAACAACUGAUUAAAAUGAAGGUGUUACAAUGUAUUUAUACUUUAUAUUCUUGUCUUGAUGCUUAAUAAAUUAUGAAUUGUGAUA